AUUACGCUUGGUAGGUCCCACCCACCCGCGCUUCCGCCCUGGCCUACCGUAGAGCGCCCCGCCCCUAGCGCGCGCCUGCCCUAGCCCGCCGCGCCGCGCUGACCUAGUUCGCCGCGCGAGCCCUAGCCCGCCGCGCUGGCCCUCUGCUCGCCGCGUCGGCCCCAGCUCGCCGCGCCGCGCUGGUCCCUAGCUCGCCGCGCCGCUCUGGCCCCUAGCCCGCCGUGCCGUGCUGGCCCUAGCCCGCCGCGCUGGCCCUAGCUCGCCGCGCAGGCCCCUGCUCGUCGCGGCUGCCCCAGCUCGCUGCGCCGCCCCAGCUUGCUGGGUCGGCUCCAGCUCGCCGCGCCGCCCCGGCUCGCCGCGUCGGCCCCAGCUCGCCCCGGCUUUAAACAGCCCUCACCCCCCGACCCUCAGCCGACGACCUUCCGCCCCCAAUCCUCAGCCCCGCCCCCAGCCACCGGCAUCCCCUGGCAAUGGCCUCGCACCACCUUGGAUUGGGCACCUCCUGCCAUGCACAGCCCUCGGCUAGCCCCUGGGGUUUGGAGGAAAGGUGUACCCCAUUUGGCUGUGCCUCCACCGCCUCUUCGCCCACCCCAUGCGUCAGAUGAUCAACCCUGAGCCGGAUUUCUGGAUGCAAAAGCGGCAGGGCGACAUGCCCAAUGUACACGGACAUCAGGCUCUACCAUGCUCUUGGUGCUGUGUUGCGAGGGGAGGAGUUUGACGGCGGGGCGGCUGUGCAGCGGAUGGAGAAGUGGCUCAUCGAAAACGGGUCCUUCCAGGUGGACGGUUGUUCUGGGGAAGGUGUGUUUAGCAGCGUUUAGGGCAUGAGACGGGGUGCCACCCCCACAGCGCAGAUGUAUACGGACAUCGGACUGUACUACGCGCCGGGUGCCAUACUGUGGGGGGAGGAGUCAAACGGGGUGGAUGCGGCAUGGAGAAGUGAGUCAUUGAGAACGGGUCCUUCCAGGUGGGUGGUUAUUCUGGAGAAGGUGCUUCUGAGGCGGGCGCUUCCUGUGGGGGAGGAUGGAGAAAUUGGAACGCAUGAGAGGACGCACACUCACAGCUGAGAAUUAGCCCUUGGCACCCCUUCUCCAUGCACGCCGUCCCAUACCUCUCCACCACCCUUCCCCACCAUCUCGAAUCCACCACCAUUGCUGUGCAUUGCAUGCAGUAGGAGAGCUGAAUAAGCGCACUUUCUGGUGCAUGCGCGACGCGUCCCCUCAUCCCACUAUGUCGUGUGCUCGGAGGAACAUCUCCGUCCCCUCAACCCUAACGCUGCUCUCCCUCCCUCAUCUCCAGGCACUGUAUGCGGUCACAGAGCUGAACGAGCAGGAUUUCUUGUGCAUGUUUGACGCGUCCCUGUAUGUGGGAUGCCGGGAGAAGUACUAUGCCGUGGGCACGUACAUGACCGAGAAGGGCUGCAAGACUAAGGCCGAGGUGAUGCAGGAGGAGCACAAGGAGAAGGAAAUGCCCAUGCUGGAAGCGGUUUAGUUCAACGUUCAGCGCGCACUGGGUAGGAGGUUGGUCAGUAGUAGGGGAUGGCUUUGAUUUGGCACUUAAGUCAAGAGGCACCCGUGCUGGAAACCGUUUAGUUCAGCAAGCACUGGGUGGGAGGUUGGUCGGCAGCUGAGGAUGAGAGGGUGUGGCGCGUGGCAGACAGAAGGUGGGGAAUGGGAUAGCAUUCAUGAGGAUUUCACUACCAGGAACCUCUGCGCUCAAAAGGGGGGGGGGGUGGAGGGGGGCCCGGGGGGAGUUCAUUUAUGAGCGUAAAACAGCCAUCUCAACAGAAAAAAAAGGAGGGUACGCGGAAAGACUAGUGACGUCCCCUAUGACUCAUGCCUAGCAUGCGUUGGCUGGACUAUCUCCGUUGCUGAAGCUGAAGCUAUUUCCCGAAGCUGUUCUCACUACACCUUUUCUCUUAUUUAGUACAACGGUUUUUCACGC